GUAGAAAUGGGCGGGGUUUGGACUUUGUGGCUAUGGUAACUAAUGACGACCAUCGUGGGACGCUAGCUAGCUAACGAUACAGGCUAGCUGCAAAUCGAAGUGUAAAGUUGUCGGAUGAAGGACCGGUAUACAGAAUGGACAAAGAAUUAAACGAAGAAAUAUUGCAAGACUUGUUUGCCUGGAUAGACAAAAUACCACUGUCCAGACCUAAGAGGAAUAUAACAAGAGACUUCAGCGACGGAGUGAUGGCUGCUGAGGUCGUCAAGUAUUUCUUUCCCAAACUGGUGGAGCUUCACAACUACACCCCAGCCAACUCUAUACAGCAAAAACUCAGCAACUGGGGCACUCUCAACAGGCAAGUGUCGUGUUUCCAUGUUGACAGGAAGGUGUUCUCCAAGCUGAACUUCCACAUCCCAGAGGAGACCGUGAAGAGGAUAGUGGUGAGCACUGCUGGAGUAAUAGAGCCUGUCCUGUGUUCGCUCCGAGAAAGGAUUGACGACAAGAGACAGCAAUGCACUGAAGACACACUACUGGAUGUGGAAUACUACAACAACAGAAACCGAGAGAAACCUCUCACAGAGCCACCUCCCAAGAAGAAAGAGGAGAGGGCACACGUACACCAACACACAGACAAGACUAGCACUGUGCUAGGUUCUCAGGUGGACCCAACCAUCCGUCUUGUGCUGGAGGAGAAGGAGCAAGCUCUACUUGCCCUACAGGAGACUGUGGAGAUCCUGCAGAUCAAGGUGAACAGACUGGAACACUUGGUUCAGCUAAAGGACAUGAGACUUGAAGACCUGACACGCCAUCUGGAGAGAUACAAGGCCAGGGCUAACGUGCCUUGAUACACACCGAAGCGGACACACUCAGAAACACACAGCAACUCUCAGACACAACUAGAAACAACAAACACACCUCUCCUUUUUAUGAACUACAUUUUUCUAACAACUAAUGCUUGUUUUGCUAUCAGCCUGUACUUUUCUAAAAGUUAGCACUGAAUGUUUUGUGAAGUAUUUUUUAAUUUGUUGCAUUUAUUAAAUCAUAACAGAUGAUAUUGUAUUGAGAAUGUGUGUGUGUUUUCUAUAUAUAAUGUGCUAGAUUGAGGGGACUACUAGACUAUAAGGUUUGUAGUGUGGAUCUUAUGUGUGUCUAUUGCUGUGCCCUUAUAACAGCCAUGUGACCACUAACCUCUGAAGCUGUCUAAAUAAAACACUGACACUAAA